CCACGAAGCGCGUGCAAGCAGCUGUUUGUGGUUUAGUAUUUACUCCUAUAGCGCCAAUCCAAUCUCUGAGUGAAUCAUCAGGAAAACCCAUCACAACAUCGUCAGAAGUCGAGAAACUAAGUUUAGGUUCACACCAAAUCCCAAAAUGUUCAACAAUAUUUUCGGAAAGAAGCCCACCGUGAAGGAGCAGCAGCGGGAGAACGAUCGAUCGCUGCGCAAGGCCACCAGGGACAUCGAACGGGAGAGGCGGAAAUUGGAGGAGGAGGAGCGCAAGCUGGAGCUGGAGAUCCGACGAAAUGCCGCCGCUGGAAACAACGAUGCCUGCCGCAUCCUGGCCAAGCAGUUGGUGGAGAUCAGGAAGCAGAAGUCACGCACCUACGCGGCAUCGGGAAAGAUCCAGUCCAUUGGCUACCAGAACAAGAACAUGGGCGCCAAUAUCGCGCUUAGCGAAGCCAUGGGCACCACGGCCAAGACGAUGGGCGCAAUGAACAAGGUGAUGCGUCCGGAGGCCAUCGGGGAAACAGUUCGCCAGUUCCAAGCGGCCAACAUGAAGAUGGAGAUGACCGACGAGAUGAUUAACGACACACUGGACGACAUGCUGAACGAGUCCGGCGACGAGGAGGAGUCCAAUGCCGUGGUCAACAAGGUGCUCGACGAGAUUGGCAUCGAGAUCUCUGGCAAGAUGUCCAGCAUUCCGGACACGGGAUCCACAGACUUUGAGACGAGUGGCAAGCGCACCGAGAAGGACAUUGCUGAUCAACUGGCCAAAUUGCGCUCCUCUUAGUUCUAAACUGUUUUCUAUCUUAUAUUGUAACUACUGUGAAAACCGCUGUUAUCCAUAGCCCGUAAGGAAUUAUAUUUAUGUACAACGCUUA